AUGCAGAUGCUGGCAGAGCAACGACCAUGGUCUCUCAUUUUUACGGGACCAUCGGAUAUCAGCUUUCUGGUUAAAAUCCUUUCUACCAAUCCAGAGGUCCGCCUCAUCACGAGCCCAGUAGCGAGCGAGCCUUUGAUCGCGAAUGAACUCGACAAAGCCGUCGGUCCAUGGAACCCUCACCUUUUCGAGCGAGAGUCAUGGCCAUCUCACGAGCGUCUAUACGAGCUCCUGUUCCAGCCGCCAGACGGGGAUUUCCCCGUCUGCAACUACAAUGUAGUGCAAAUCCCCAACGCGCCCAUCCACGACCUGCGAUCUUUGAAGGACAAGCUAUCUCUUGACCGUGAGGGAUUCCAGGUUGCCGAUCUCAAUACGACCAUGGAAUAUGACGACUAUUUUGACCAAGAAAAUCUCAAAACCACGUACAUGGCUGAGAUCAAGGCCUUUUUGAAGGACAAAUUGGGUGCCCGAGCAGCUUAUGUCCAUGAAUGUGUCUCGGAUGGAGAAGGAGGCCAUUCUGGCAGUUUUGGCCAGCCAAUUCCCAACGUUCACACUGAUUACACUCAUGGUUACGCAUUGGAGCUCAUUGAGCAACUCACAGGAGACAGGACCCAGGCCGAGGCGAUCAAAAACUCUCGAAUACAAAUACUCAACAUCUGGAAACCAUUGUGAGGACCACUUCGGAGCUGGUCUCUCGCCCUCUGCGACCUUCGAUCGCUCGACCGUAACGAUGUUAUAAUAUUCGACGAAGUACACACGACGGCCGUGUUGGAAUCACAGCAAGUCGUUUAUAAUCCGUCGCAGAAGUGGUACUACCUGCCGAACCAAGGGCCCAACGAAAUCAUCGUUUUCAACUCAAUGGAUACCUUAGUAAGAGGAGAAGUUGCUCAUAGGUCCUUCUACGAUCCACAAUGUCCCAACAAUGAACCCCCGAGAGAGAGUAUUGAGCUGAGAAUCCUCGUUGUGUAUUGAAGGGUCUAUAUCACCGGCACGAAGGAUCACGGAUCACAAGAGAAUUGGCCCUCCUCGGCGAGGAGAGGUCCAUUAAAUUAACUUAAAUAUUCAAAUUGACCU